GCAAAUGCUCCGAUCUAUCUAUGUUCUGUACCUUUCUAGCAGUAUAUUUCUUGCGGUCUGGUUGGUAUAUACUGGCAUAGAUAGGAUAGUACCCUCUCCGUACGUGCCAUAACUUCCAAGCCCCCGAGGUCGAGAAGCAGCAUAGACCACGUGAUACAGACUUUUCAACCCGCCCAAAUUUUGGAUCUUGCUCAUUGUCUAUUCGAAGUUGAGAAAUCAAUUUGUCCUGUCUUUUAAAACAUUCCAACGCUGUAUCUUUAAGGUUACGGUUUUGAGUGCCAGCGACAUCAAGUAAAUCAUAAGAUGGCUAGUCCAGACUUCCAAUUAUUCUCCUCCCUCCGCUAUGAUCCUCUCCUCACGUCCAUUUCCGAGAACACCAAAGCAUGGCCAAUCGAAGCCAAGGACGGAUCACCCUUUUACAUGCUGCCAAACCACCGAGACCGCAUACUCCAAGCCGCCCAACACUUCGGCUGGACUAAAGUAGUAGAUGCCCUCAGCGGUCAAGAAGGUUUCACUCACCUGCUCAACAAAUUGACCAAAGAGAUCGACACACAGUCAAAGACACCGAUGAAAGUCAGGAUUCUCUUGAGCCAUGAAGGACUUAUCACAGUGGAAAGCAAUUCUGUACCAGCUGUCACAGAAUUCAAUCUGUUUCCCAACAGACUACCACCACCGAAAGGAAAGCCAGAGAUGAAAGUCAGUCCUUUGACAGGUGGCGCCUUGACAGUUGGCGAGGGCGAGAGUGUCUAUGGUGAUCCUCCAAUGGAUCAAGCAUGGGAAAUCCGCCCAGACACCAUCAAAACUUCUCCAUCCCUACACACGAGCUUCAAAACCACAAGUCGAGACAUGUAUACUUUUGCUCGAGAACGAGUUGGGAUUACAGACAUGGCAGAGAAAAAAGAGGUUCUUAUCAUCAGUGAGAAGGAUGGAGAGAUCAUGGAGGGUAGUUUGACGACCGUCUUCUUCUGGAGGGGAGGGAGAUGGGUUACGCCGCGGUAUCAUAGUGGUGGACAGAUUGGGACUACGAGGAGGUGGGCUUUGGAGAAGGGGUUGGCUUUUGAGGAAAUUGUUAAGGUUGGGGACUUGGUUGAUGGAGAGGAGUGCUGGUUCAGUAAUGGGGUGAGGGGAUUUCAGUGGGGAAAGGUCAAGCUAGAAGAGUAAUUGAACGAGGGCGAACCUGGCACCGGAGUUUGUUGGAAUUCGUGAGACGUCCGAAACUCGUUCGUGAAGCUUUCUCUAGUACAACACUGGCGAGGAAGCAUCCAAUCCGACUUUGCUGCGCCUUUGAGGUUAUACAGCAGUAGGCUCAAGUUUCAACAACAUGUAGUGAUACGGUCAUCUGAUUAUGCAGUUGACAUUUGCUCUCAUCUCAGUGCCUUCUCUUCGUGGCAUUCUUGCUGUCGACUUUUCUUCAAUUUCGACUAGUAUAUACGUCAAGAGAUGGAAUAUAAAAUAGUAUUGUUCUAGAGCUUGUGGGACAAUACAAGUUGGAAAACUUAACAAUUUCGAGAAUCGGGCGUAAAAGGAGUGC